UGUAUAUAUACAGUUCAGCUGACAGAAAAUACGAUUAUGAACCUAUGAAGAUUUUUCUUUGUAGUAAAUAGUAUAAAACAGUUUGGAAUUAAUUUUGUAGCAACUAUAUCUUGGUCGCCACGUUUGUAGUUUGUUCGUGCGUCACAUAGCAGCGGGAAUAUGACACAGAUCUUUAUAUAUUAUAAGGCGCAAAAAUUCGUUAACAAGCUUCCUCAUUUGCAGCACUUGUAAUUCCGCAGUUCUUUUGAACAUUAAGUACUGUAUCUGAGUGGAUGCAGAGUGGCGAGAAGCAGGAGUGUUUCUGCUGUUUGUUUUCUGUUGCAUUUAGAAAUGAAUAUCCUUACGGCGCACUUGUUGAAUAAUGUCAUAGCCGUGUUUAUGCUCGCACCGUUAGUUAUUCUGUACUGGCGUGGUGGAUUUAUGAUAUUACAAAUCUACAACACAUUUCAUACUUACAAGUAUUUGGCUGCUUUUCUGGAGAUAGCAGCAGGGAUUGCGGGUGGACUGAUGUUCAGCUACACGCAGGUUUGGAUGGGGAAAACUAGCAACAGGAUUCGAUCACCUGUUGCACAGCUGAUCAUUCGCAGAUGGUACAGCUACUUCUUUGCGUGGUGUGUUGUAUGCGAAUGGAAAGGUGUUUGGAGAUUGUGGGAUGUGGUGGAUGCGAUAUCCGGGUGGGAGACUGCAUUGUAUUCCUUACUGGUUGGUUUGGUGCCUUUGUUGUUAACCCGCUGCUUUCGUAACACUCUCGCGCCUCCUCUGGCAACCGUUUCCGAUCUGACUGAAACGUUCUUCCUGAUACCAACCAGAUUCCGCACAAAGCGCACUAGUCGCAUUGCGCACUUUCUGGAUAACAUCUUUUCCAUGGGCAUCGUAAUUCCUCUGAUUACCAGUACAUGGCGCGGCGUGUGGUAUUUACUGGACUGGCUGAUCGUCUUUCCUGCGGAUGUGGUGGCGCCGGAAAGACAACUGUUCUGGUCGUACAUGAUCUCCACUCUAUCCGGAUUCGCAAUCGCUGUGAUUGCUGUUCUGCUACAAAAACCAUCUUCCGUAAUUUCUGCUUAUCUGGAGCAACAAGGACGAUGGUUAAGCAAAAUCGUAUUCGAAGACAUCCUAAUGGCGGUAGCCACAUUCGCCAGUAUUGACCUGUGGAGAGGAGUGUGGGGGCUGUAUGACGAAUACUUUUUCCCAUGGGAUAUUGUGACCUCAGCCUGGUUAAGUCACAUCUUCGGCUUCUUUGGAUUGGCGCUUAUGUUCCACUCUAACUCGGCUGUGAUGAAAGGGUUCCAGUACGAUGGAGAACAUUCUGAUGGAGGUAAAUAAUCGAUUAUGAAUAAA